GGCAGUCGUGGCCAAAGGAGGAUUCAGACAAUUUUCCGAACUUUCUGGUUGGUUUCUACUGUCCGAUAUUGUAGCACGCUAACUUUGUUUGGGCUCCUGAACGAAAAGACUGAUGUAAACAAGACCAUCAAAAACUAGACCCUGUUGGCCCUUCAGAGGACAGACUGAAGGUUCGGGGACGUGGUUUGGAGAAGAAACAGAGACGAACAUCACUGUGUCGUCUGCAUAAAAUUAGAGUUUUUAUAAACAUAAAGAUGUAUGUGCACGGACCUUAGUGAAGUAAUCCUCUAUGUGACCACACAUACAGAAACACACACACACACACACGCACACACACUCACACACUCAGUGUUGUCAGGUUGUUGAGUCCAGACCGACUUAUUUAAUCGCAGAUGAAACACAAUCAGUGACCGAACCACAACAGGCCGGACUGAUGAUUGUGGUUAUUGAGUGGGUAUUGACCACCUUAUGUUCCCUGACGGACACACUCACACACACACACACACACACACACACACACACACACACACACACACACACACACACACACACACACAGCCAGACACCCUGCAGAGGACAUGUAAUGCAUAACAAUCAGCUCUGAAACAAAGAGAGGAGGAGGAGGAGGAGAGAGCUGUGUGUCUGUGUGCAACCAUGCAAGUAUUUAUAAGCUGGUGUGUGUGUGUGUGUGUGUGUGUGUGUGUGUGUGUGUGUGUGUGUGUGUGCGUCACCUGGAAGUGGCAGGUUAGCGUGUGCAUCAGGAGGCCUCCAUGUCUCCAGGCUUUAGUUUAAUGUGCGUCUCUGCAGACGAGCGACGACUCCAGCAGGCUUGAAAACCUAAUAAAGAAACACACACGACACGGUGUUUUCAUUAUGACUCCACACACACACACACACACACACACACACACACACACACACACACACACACACACACACACACACACACACACACACUCUCAUAAAUAAUUACCCCCGUGUUCAUUUGCUAGCAGGUGUUUCUUUCACAUGUCCCCCUGAGUGACGCGCAGGCUCACGGCGUUGUGCUUACAGCUGUAUUAUUUAUGCUAAUGUGUGCGGCGGCGGCGGCGGGCGGGCGGCGGCGGCGGGCGGGCGGCUCGCUGGUUAUGAGCUGAUGAUUGAGGUGGGAGUAAAACCGCAGGUUACAGACUGAACGCCACAUUAGCAUCUCCUCCGUCUGCGGCGUGCGCCCCUGAGCCGAACACUCGACGGGUUUGAUUUGACGUGACCCCUGAGUGGGCGUCACCCGCUGCUGUGGGCGGUUUAAGAAGUGGAAAUAAAGAGUUUGUAAAAGAUCCUGUGGGCUGAAUAAAGUCGAGUUUGAGCAGCUUAGAGAGGCGGUAAAUUUAAAGUCCAUGUUUGACAAUCUGUGAGUCCAGAACCAGAACCAAGGAUGAGGCUUCGGGAGGCUUCGAACCACCAAAACCAGGACUUUUAGAUGCUGUUCUCCUGAUUUAUGGAAGAUCUGGACUCAUUUAUUCAAGACCUGGUUUCAGAGUCGGUUUUUAGUCCAGACCUCCUCUCAGUUCCUCCUCUUUUUCUCUCCGCAGCAGAAGGGCUGGAAUAACUCCCUGCGGCCGAUGGACAGACAUGGAAACGUAAAGGUAGGUCCAACCUUGAUGGUGUCAUCCAUCAGCUCCUCCAUCGCUCCAUCUAUCAGUCAUCUUUAAUAAGGUUCCUCUCCCAUCCAGCUGGAGAUAGAUCCAGAAUAUUCCCCUCCGAGUGUCACAUCAACCCGUUUUAAUCCCUGAUUUAUCUAAAGAGCGUGUGUGCUCCUUUUCAGCGCCAUUGUCCUCCAUCACUCAUGUCUCCAUUAAAGGGAUAUUCCGCUCUUUUUAAGUGAGGUUGCAUGAGUUGCAUGUAAGUGUGUAAGUCUGAAUCUGCAGGGAAGCAGACGCACAAGAUGGGCUUCAGUUUUCUACAGAGGAGGUAAAGACAGACACGUGACUUUAACUAGUUUACUCUUCUACAUUCAAAGUUUUCACCUCACAGUUUACACACCUGAACCACCAGGUAACUCAGAUCUAACCUGCUCUCCUGUUUCUCCUCUUUCUCCUCGUACAGUCGCCUCCUUUCCCUGUAAACUCCACUUUAUAAAGUUAUAUCACCGGGAUUAUUACGAUCACAGAUUUCCUCGUUCGGUCGUGUUUUUGUCUCUGAUCCUCGCCCGCAGGCGGAGGAACACUUCUGCGUGUUGUGUUCAAAAGUAGUGCAAUAUCAACACGGCUUUGGCAGAGCGGACUCUUACCACGGGAUGAGAACGUGAGUCAGAGCACCACAAAGUUUAACAUGAAAACAAAAGCUCCUCAUGGUCAUUUAUACGCGCCUACACUUUAAUCUACGGUGACCAGACGUCCCCGAUUUCCAGGGACACGGACAGUUCCUGUUUUGGACGACCUGUCCCUGAAAAUGUCCCUGAUUUGAGCGUUUCAUGAAUGAGAACAAAAAUGUUGCGUGUAGACCAGAACAACGGUUAUUACGGUAGAAGUUAGCAUGAUGUGCGCUGCUGCUACGUAGUACCCAGAGCAGUCGAUUAAACAGAGUGGCGACACUCCCAUAGACAGACGCUGAACAGCCCGGCGGACCCCACUUCCGGGUUAUAGAACUCUUAAUAGUUCCAACCUGACCGCCUGUCACGUCGGACGCCGUUCGCUUCUAUGGCCACAAGGCAAGCACUCACCGAGGUUAAAUGAUAAAAUAUCAACAAGUUUAAUGUCAAUACGUGUGUUAUUGAUAUUGAGGGGACCCCUUUAUAUGUAAAAAUGUAUAUCCCAAAUGUAACUACGUUAUUUUAGUCAGGAAUUGGGAUCGAUUUUUUUAGCCACGGUUUGCUCCCACACUCCCCGAGGUAAAAUAUUGUAUCAACGAAUGUAAUGCCAAUACGUGUGUAAAUGGUAUCGAGGGACUCAUUUUACCCCUGUAAAAUGAUUUUAAUUUUAGUAUGCUCAAAUUGUAAUUACAAAUGUAAUUACUUUUUUUAGUAAGGAAUUGGGAUCGAUUUUUUAGCCACGGCCUGCUAGCUGGACGUCGUCAGCUGUAGAGGCCUGCCAAAAUGUAUUGUGUGACUGAGUUAUGAAUCACAGAUGAAUCAUCAUCAAUCAUAUGUUGAGAUGGUUACUUAUGGGCUUUAUUUUAGAUUUCAGCCUUUAUCAGUUCCCGAUGUUACAUGCAGUUUAUUCUUUUUAGACUAACAUAAAUGCUAUGUAAUUUGAUUUCUGCUUAUGGGAUGAUAGAGUCAAGGGGCCGCUACUUUUUAAAUCCUGUCAGCAUUUAAGGCGUAUGUUUAACAUGGAAAAAUGUCAUGCAGGCCAUGCUGCAAGAUCAAAACAUUGUACAAUUGUUUAAACAGCUUGUAACACCUGUUACUUACCACUUUAUUGUAUUAUUUUCUCUUAUUAAAAAGUAACACGUGUUACCAAACUUGUCUUAUUUCACUUUUAUUUGUCAUCCAGCCGCUAAAUAUGCGUACGUGACUUUGACGUGUACACAGUAAUCCAAUAAGAGUUGCAAAUGUUGACUUUUUACGGUUAAUUUUAAUAUUUACCUCUUAAAUGCGCGCUCACUGCAGUCUGCCCCGUUGAAGAGCAUGGACAGUGCAGGCUGCGUUUGGAACUAUGGAGGGGUACAUGAACCACGUGACUGCUCCGGCGGCGAGAUCUGAAGUUGUCGCCACUCUGUUUAAUCGACUGCUCUGGUAGUACCGAGUUCAGGGAGAACCGGGGCGUUUCCUGGUGGUCUGGUCUCAUUGGUCCGCUGGCUAAGCUUAUGCUGCGUUCAAGUUUCCUCAGAAGUCAAAAGUCCGAGCUGAAAAUAUCGUCACACUCGAGUUCCCAGCUCUUCAGUUACCAAGUCGGAAAAAAGGAAAAUCUACUAAAGUUAUUUUAGCGCUUGCCUUGUCUGAACAUGAGGCAAGAACUUCAAAAACUUUCUUGUUUCAGGCUCAGAUUUCGCUUUUUUCCGGCGGCUGGGAACUCUGGCUAAGCUUACAUUACUUUAUUUUGAAGUUCUGUGAACGCAUCACGGUGAACUGCGGGUCUGCGGCGCACACACCAACGUUAGGCGAGCUGCAACAAGUGCGCCUGAUUUACGGGAUCCCUCCUCCUCCUCCUCAGUCCUGCAGUACGACCUUUAAUGAGAUGAAUCCUGUAAAUCUCCUCUUCUGUCCAGGUACGAGGUCGCAGAUCUUCUCAGCCCCCCCUUGACAGACCACAAAACUCCCAGGAGCCCUUGCAGCAGUCCGGGUCGGUCCGUAAGAGUCACAGAAGGAAAGGUAAAGGCCGUCUGUGGAGCUCAGAUCAUCGUUCAGUCCUCUCUCAGAUAAAACCUCUGUUUUCUGUCUGCUCUUUAAAAUCAUCUCCGUUACUUCAAACUCUAACCUCACUUUCCCACCAUCAUCUCAUAUCUCCAUCUGCUCGUCCUCUCACUAUCCUUGUCACAUCUUCCCUCUCUUUUCCUCCGUCAUGCCUCCUGAAUCUCCCUCUCACCAUCUCCUCUCAGAUACAUCAAAUACUUUUGUCUCAUCACUCGACUCGAACCGUUUCUCUGAUGUAACUGCAGGAGGAUCUGUCUCAGUAUCACAUGUCGUCGCUCCGACUCUCUGCAGACAGACGCAGAAAUAAAGAUUCUCCACAUUCAGACCGACUCUGUGUUUGGAUGGUCGCUGUAAAUGUUCUUGACCCCUGACCUAACCCUACAACCGUCCUCCUUCUCUCUCUAACUUCUCGUCAAACUGAAGUCUGAAACUGUUUCUCCCUGAACCUCUCAGGUACGUUAGUCUGCAGCGGAAACGGGACCGCCAGCAGCUCCAUCUACUCCGUCGCCAUGGUAGCGAUCCCAGACUGCGUGGACAACGCCACACAAACAGACAUCAGCUUCCAGAACAUCGUGACGGCGGGAAAGAGCAGAGGUCAUCACCACCACCAUCACCACCACGGCCCGCCGCCGCCUCCCCCGUCUCCGCCCCUGCCUCACCUCGGAGGACCGUACGGGAUCAAUGAGUUGUGCGUGGCGACCUGAGCGGUUUGCAGACAUGAGAAUCGAUGAUGUCGGGUAUGAUGUGGAUUGAUUUUCUGUCUCCUCUGCAGCUGUGUGUUCGAGUACAACGACCCCGACGACUACUUUGACGUGUCCAAUCACGAGGUGGACAGACAGGACGACCUGGAGUACGAGGUGAGAACUGACGCCGAGAGGAGGGAGGCGGGGGAGACUGACGCCUUCAGUCAUCGCUUCUCCUGGGACUUAAAGGGAUAGUCUGGCGUAAAGUUAAACACAACUCACCUACUCUCUUCCAGCAGACGCUUGUUUGUAGAGAGACCUCAGACCAGUCCAUUACGGACUACAGCGGGGUGCCGCAGCUCAAGGAAGAACAUUUAAGAUCAUUUCUUUGAAGUAAUAAUCACCGUAUUAAAGGGAAAAAGGGAGGAUGGGUUCGAUGAGAAAGAGGAACGUCUGUAAAUCGAUGUAAAAGCAGAAAUCAGAGUGAGUGAACUUCACCUUGAGAAAACAGAUCUGGGUUUGGUUUAGAGAAACUUAAUGGAGCGCCGUGUUCAGCUGAGUCGUGUUUCCUCUGUUUCCGCUCCAUCUGCUCGUGACGAUUUCCUGACAGUUUGGUCAUUAAAGGAACCAGCUGAGUGGAAACAUCCUCGCUCUCUCCCUCUCUCUCUCUCUCUCUCCCUCUCUCUCUCUCUCACUCCCUCUCUCUCUCUCUCUCUCUCUCUCUCUCUCUCUCUCUCUCUCUCUCUCUCUCGCUCUCUCUCUCUCUCUCUCGCUCUCUAUCUUUGGCUUAAAUACCUCAGGGACUCUGAGAUCUCUUCAGAUCUCUUUCCUGAUGUUUUUCCUCAUUUGUUCCCUCCUUCAUAUCGUCGUCUGUUUUGUCUCCAGCAUCAUUAUAUCUCCUCAGAUGACUUCUUAAUGGACCUCUCUCUUCUCACUUUGGGUUCAUUUCUUCUUUAAAUCACUUCAUGGUCACGCUGACCUUCACUGAACUGAGCGACCCGGUCCUCUCAGAGUUGUAGUGGGUCCUGGAUUCACGUGUGUUAUGAACUGGAACAUGGUGGACUCCUCACACCUUCUUCUUCUUCUCUCUUUCCUCCAGGAGGUGGAGCUGUACAAGUCCAGUCAGCAGGAGAAGCUCGGUCUGACCGUCUGCUACAGGACGGACGACGAGGAGGAUCUGGGGAUUUACAUCGGCGAGGUGAUGAAGAUGAAAACGUCGCUCUUCAUCCCUUCAUUCUCGUUAAUUGAAUCCCAUUAAUCACAGGUCCUUUUUAUUUGAACACUAUCUCAUCUCUUUAUUUAUUUAUCGUUUCAUUCAUCGUCUUCUCUCUUCAAUCAUUCAUCACAUUCAUCACUCCCUCAGCCGUUCAUUCAGUCGGCAUACUGAUGGAGGUGUUCAUUUAUUCAUCCUGUGAUCAUUUAUUCAUCUCUUCUUUAAUUCAUCAGGUUUAUUUCUUUUUUAUUUCAGGUCAAUCCAAACAGCAUAGCGGCUAAAAACGGACGAAUCAGAGAGGGCGACCGAAUACUGCAGGUAUGCAAACAAUCGUUUACUCGCCGCUCUGGUCUUUAUCUUCCCGUUAUCUCCUCCAAACAUCUCAGAGAAGUGAAACUCUAACAACUUUAUCUCUCUUUUUAACUUUUUAAACUUUUGAUCUGGUGGGUUAUAAAGUAAGUAAACGUGUUGUAAAUCCUCCAAACAAAGACCCCGAGGUUCGCUCUUCGGGUGUUUGAGGACACGGCCUGACAUGAAGGAAUCCCACUCUCGCUCUGGAGGUCAAACUCUUUGAUAUUCAGGACUUCAUCGGCUCUCUCUCUUCAUGCUCCCGACCAUAAAAAUCUCUGUAUUCAUAAAUAUUAGAUGUUGACCUUCCAGGUCUUUUCUGCAGCCUGGAAACACAAACGUUCCCGCGACUCAGCGAAGGUUAAGAUUAGUUUCGGAUCCCACCAUGUAAAUUUAUACCUGGCCCCCCGGGGGACAAGACCAUCCAAUCAGAGAGAGACGCCAGCAGCACAGUUACUGCUCGGCUAAAAAUAGAGAGAGAGGCAGAGAUGAGGGGAUAACACCGGCGUUUCCAUCACAGCGUUCGUUCGAUCUCAGAAAACAGGCCUCACAUUUAAGAUCUUUGUUCUUCUGCUCAAAGAAAACGUUUGUUUACAUUUUUACUCCCUGAUAAAACAAUAAAUAAAGUUUUAUUUGUACUAAAAGUGAAAGAGUUCAGUCUUCAGAGCGUCGAGGUCUAAAUUUAACCGUCUCUACAUCCUGAUAAAUCCGCAGAGUUGACGACUUUCUCUUCCUGUCAUUUCUCGGAUCAUUAUCCUGCGACCUCCAGAGUGAAACUGUGUCAGAGAGACGGUAAAGUUAAAGAAUAGACCGCCAGCAUCACCUGGCGUCACCAUGGUAACCAGGCAGGGGGCUUAAUAAUGUCAGCAGCAGUUCCCAUGACAGCCGUGACCGGCGAGGAAAGAGGGAUGAGCUGUCUUGGGAACACACCUGUGAGAUCAUUGGUGCAGAUGACGACACGCUUCGGUAUCAAUAAUCAAUAAUGGAGCUGUGAUCUCCUUAAAUCAAUCGUCUUUAUCUCUGGUAAAGUUUCAUCUUUGCAGCGACAAACUUCUGGAGUGUAAACACUGAUCAGCUGAUGCCUCUGCUCUUUGCCUCCAGAUAAACGGCGUGGACAUCCAGAACCGAGAGGAGGCGAUGGCGAUUUUAACCCGAGAGGACAGCAUCAACUUCUCCCUGCUGCUGGCCCGACCGGAUAUAGAGGUGAUACCGCACAACGAUAAUAACACCGACUUAAACAAACUGAAGGUAACCAUGGCAACCAACAUGAUAGGCAGAGCCACGGCACGAAGAAAAGAGAACUACAGGACUGAGACACAUGAAACCGACCCAAAUCCACAACAGACCUGCCUUCAAGUUUCAGUUUUACCUUCAGUUAGGGCUGGGCGAUACGACCUUAAAUCAAUAUCACCAUAUAUUGAUCAGUUCACCUCGAUAACGAUAAACAGACGAUAACUUCUCCACCAGCUGCUCACCCCCUCCCACAUUAACUUCGUCUACUUCAGCUGCUCCAACUUUCUCUCCGUCCUCCAUCUCCUCACCUGUCUUUCCCUCUUUGUUACAGACUGGAUGGGGUGGAGUCACGUCUCUGAUGUAGGACAGCGUCUUAAAGGGACAUGAGACCAUAGCCUACCUACACACAUCCAAAACUAACUUUGAUUUAUUGAUUUAUUGACACCAAAUAUACCGAUAUGGGCAAAAUGACGUCGGUUAUUGCCGUAAAUUUCGGCAUCAGUAAGUUUUCGGUUUAUCACCCGGCCCUACCCUUAACAGUCGAGUUAAAGUAAUAAGAGUUAAGUAAUAACUACUUACAACUCGACUCUUUGGAAACGUGAACGCUCGACCCAUGUUUACAGUUGCUAACGUGAUAAUAGGGUUUACGUCUUAUACCAAAGUCUGUCAGUAGGGGGAGCUCUAAUGCUGUGUUCCAGUUACCUCAGAAGUCAGGUGUCAGAGCUGGGAAUGACAUGACACCGGAGUUGACGGUGUUCCAGUUAACAAGUCGGAAAUCCAAGAUGGACGCCAACUGUUAGCGGUUAUUAGCUGUUGUUAACAAUUGUCAGCCGUCGUUAGUGAAACCAGCUAUAAACACAACACAGUAUUUUACUCGUACAAACACCGUAGAACUGUGUUCACAGUUAGACGUUGGGCAGAACAAUAAACUCUCCAGAUCGUCUUUUUUUCUUUGUUCGUGCAGCUCUGACUCUCAGUCCACCGUCCUCCUUCACAAUCUUAAUGUUACAAACAGCAUUCAUGGUUCAGUAUGCAUGUGUGUGUUUCAUGCACACACACACACACACACACACACAGCUAUGAUAAAUGUCUCCAGCUUGGCAGCAGGUCCCAGAGUGUGUGUCCACAUCUGCUGACAGAGGAAGAACUGCAGGGCAGCACAUUCAUACAUGUCAGUCAAGCACACACACACACACACACACACACACACACACACACACACAUGCAUGCAUAUUUAGUGAUAAAUGCAGAGUGUGACAGGAGGGCUGAAUGAAUGACCCAUCAGUCAGUCAGUCAGUCAGUCUUUAGACACUCAGACACCUGAGAGUGUCAGAUCUCGCUCUAAUGAGAAAACCGGAGAUGAUGGACGUAAAAUCAACUCUGCAGAAAACAGAGCAGCAAACAAACACGCUCAGAGACGGAGUCGUGUUCAUUUUCAUCUACAGGCGUCUUUACAGCGUGAGGAAAACUAACGACCCUUCAGUGUCAAGAUUGUCUCCUAACACACAGAUCCCAGUCCUGCACCCUGAGGGACAAACCCUUAUUUUACAGUCUCUCCUCCUACUCAGAUAUCAGCAGCCUCUCUGUGUUUGUCAGUAUUUCCACUGAGGUCUGAUAGUGUUAUUAUUUAAUAUCAUUUCAUCCAAAUAUUCAGACUUUUGAAACCUUUAACCCAGACUUAAAGGGAUAUUCUGCUGUAAAAUUAAUUUAGGGUCAAACCCACCGUAACACCGAGUUAGACCCCGCCCCCUCCAGAGAUGAAUGUUGCCGACCGCUUCCUUCUCUAGUUAUACCAACUUUAGUAACGACCGCAGGAUAGUAAUACAGAGAGCCACGCCCCCAACCAAAACGCCACUCUAUAGCCACAAAUAAUGCUCAGAACAGCACCUAACUUCAUCAACAGGACAUAUAGGGUCACAGCCAUAGUACUAGACACCAAACAUCUUUUUAACUUUGACUCAUUUCUUUAGCAAAGAGACUAAACACAACUCACCUACUCUCUUCCAGCAGACGCUUGUUUGUAGAGAGACCUCAGGCCAGUCCAUUACAGACCACAGCGGGGUGCCGCAGCUCAAGGAAGAACAUUUAUGAUCAUUUCUUCAUGGAAAUACAAUCAGACCGAGACGCUAAGGCAGAAGAACUACAGCGUCUGUAAAAUGAUCAAUAUGGUGAUUAUUACUUCAAGGAAAUGAUAAAGAAAUGAUCAUUUGACCCUAAAUUAAUUUUACACCAGAAUAUCCCUUUAAAGCUGAAAAACCAGAAGAUAAAAACUGAACCUUUAACAGAGCAGUGUCCUAAAAAUAGAAGAUAUCAAGGAUGAAAUGAUGCUGGAGGAGGAGAAGAUGGAUGAAGAGAGGGAAGGAGGAGGAGUAGAAAUUUAUCCCAUGUCACCUAGUUUCCUCAGUCAAGGUCACACACACACACACACACACACGUGUACACAAACAUGCUUCACACAGGUGUGUGCACUGACAUGUUUUUUCAUCUGAAUUUUAAACUCUAUUUCUUUAUGACGUUAUUAUAUUAUAUAACUCUCUGAAUCACUCUGGUAAAUGUGCAGCAGGUUUCACAGACAGAAGGUGUCACAGUGAGCUUUGGUCAGUGAUGGACCAACUUCUUGGUGCUUGUUUGGGUCUCAGCGGUGAGAUUUGAUGCUCAAAUCUUAUUUUGUGGUGUUUAUACAAAAAACCUUUAAAUAUCAGUCAAUAGUUAUUAGUUAUUGAUUAUUUGGUAAUAUAUCGAUAUCUCUGUGUUCUCUUCUGUCUGUGUUGUCAACAUUUGAACAUUUUUGAGCGGUCCGCUCUUUCUGACUGUAAACAAAGCCGUUCUCCACCUCCUCUAACCUGAUUGGUUGUGAGGCAGACGCUGCUCCCCCGUGUCGUUCAGGAGCCCAAACAAAGUUAGCGUGCUACAAUAUCGGACAGUAGAAACCAACCAGAAAGUUCGGAAAAUUGUCUGAAUCCUCCUUUGGCCACGACUGCCGACACAAGCAAGAAAACAAAGUAAAUACCGGAGACUCUGGAGGAAUAACGGGCGCUUAAAACGGAGGUAGACCGGACAAGAGCUAAAAAGACGGGUCAACAUAAACCAUGGGGGACGCUUGGGGAUCUUGGUGACCCUGUAACCUUUCUGCUGGACAGGUAAACCGCUUUAACAAAGUAAGACAAGUGUCUGUAACAGAAGUGUUUCUUGUCAAACGGACCUGCUGUAGCGUGUUGUAGCGCCAUCGCUAAACUGUCCUCCCUCGGGUCCUGGACUAUGUCACUUUAUCCUCGUUGUAGAAGUCCUGCAAACAUUGUGUUUGCUGGUCGUCUGUUGGCAUCUACAGUAGAUCCUGACGACCCCACCUUUAAGACGGUUUUUAGUCCACACGGGGACACGUCAUCCUGAUCUUCUUUGUGUCCCUCCAGAAUGAGCCCCCUGUGGAUCCAGAGGAGGACAUGGAGCUGACUCUAGAGGGAGGAGGCUUCCACCAAAACCCCCGAGUGUCCUCCUGCUCCAUCACCUCCACUCACCUGGCAGGAUAUUACCGCUUCUACAGGGGAGGAGACGCAAGUGCAGAAGGAGGAGGAGGAGGAGGAGGAGAAGAGCUGACCUGCCAAGGUGGAGAAAGAGGCAAAGAAGCAGCAGGUGGUGAUGUGGAGGAAGAGGAGGAGGAGGAGGAGGAGGAGGAUGGGGAGGAAGGAGAGAGAGGAGAGAAAGAGGACAGAGACCCUCCGGUGCCCCUCCCCCCUCUGCUCAGCCUCGCCCCUCUGCUCUCCAACAGUCAGGAGCUGGACAGCGGCGUGGGCCGCACCGACGACAGCACCCGCUACGAGGAGUCAUCAGAACACGACCUGCUGGGGGAUCAGACCAGCGCCUGCAACACCAACACCACCAACACACCCGGCAGCACCCGCAAGUUCAGACCCGGACCCAGCCCCAGGUGAGCCGGGGGCGGGGCUUAUAGAGGACGUUUAAAGAUAAAUAGGACAGAUGACAGAAAAGUACUUUAAGUCAUCCUGCACUAACCCCUGUCCCUCUGUCAACAGGCCCAGCCCCAGACCCAGUCCAGGCCUUGGCCCCAGUCCAGGGCAUGGCAGAGGAGACACCACCCCACCUUUCCUCCACCUGAGAGACCUCCAGCUCAGCUCUGACUCCCUCCCUGGUCUGGACUGGGCGGCUGGAGGAGGAUCAGCGGGGGCAGCAUACAGCCCCCACCACCAUCACCACCACAAGGUAAAAGACAAGACCAGAAUCAGGAGGAGAAACCCACCGAAGGCAGAAACCUUUGAAAGGGGGCAGUGCCAAAAACUGCAGCUCCUUGGCUGACCACUAGAGGGCUUAUGUUCAGACAAGGCAGGCACUAAAAUAACUUUCGUAGACGUAGCCAUCUGGCCUCGGUUUAGCUUUUUACCGACUUGGUAACUGAAACGCUGCGAACUCGGGUGGGACGUCAUUUUCAGCUCAGACUCCGAGGAAACUUGAUCAGUCGGACCCCGUCUUUGUAUAUUGAUCUUUGAGAAUAAAGUCUAAAGGUCUUUUUUGUGAAAACACUUGUUCUUAAUCGGAGCUAACAAGCAGCCAGUAAAUAUGGCGGACAGAGGGACACGUGCAAAGACAGUGAGUCCUAAAAGACCGGCCGUACAGUCGUACAGAGACGGACUAACGGUGUAUUUCUGGACUGUAAUGGAGACUGAUUGACAAGAAGUAAAUUAGAGGAUAAACUGCAGCUUGAGUCCCAGUUCUACCAGCUAAAAAUGACCCUCAUGAACUCCAGUGGGAUGUUCUUUACGCCUUCAUGUGCUUCAGCUCGGAGAACCUCUGAGCUAUUAUUUAGAGUGGUUCCUCUCAGUGGAGCUGUCAGUCGUCUCAUAGCAACAAGAGCUGGGACCGGUGAUGUCCUCCUCCAGAGAAAUAUCACAUCAGACCUGCUGCCUGGGUGGAUAUCUCUGCCAUCAUUAAAAACAUGAGCGGAAAUGUUCCCUCCAAGUUUAAGUGAAGUUUGUUAAGUUGUAUUUUUGUUUGUGUGUUUUGUCCACAGGGGGCGCCAAAGAUAACACAAACACAGGUUCUUUACAGGAGCUUUAAAAUGAGUUGUAGUCUUCCUGAGUGUUUACAGUCUCAGUUUAAUCUGACUAAGAUCAGAAUUCGUCUUUUUCUCUGAAUCAGACUUCUCUCCUUGUCCUCGUUUACAUGCAGCUGAGAAAAUCCAAUUAUUGACGUGAACGUGUCCUCCUCCCCAACACUAGGGGGCGAUAUGGGUCUUUUCAGCGGCGCUGUUUCCGACCCCGUACAACCGUCAACAACAACAGCAGGUCGGUGUCAGACGUCAGAAGUGUCUCCAACUGCUGCUGGGCAUUUUGGAGAAACAAGAAGAUGGAGCAUCGUACAGCGUUGUUUUUGUCCGACAUGAUGGACGCGCUACUUUUUCUAAAGAGGAGACCAACGCUACUCCUCUACUCUGGGGUUUGUUACGGGGUUACGGGGGCGUGGCGUCAUACUCCGACUACGCUGGUCACAUGGUAGAGAAAAUCGAAUUCCAAUUGCAUUAUCUGGGUUGUCGGACUAAGGUAUUAACAUGACCUUCAGUUGUCCGGUCUUAAUCGGAAUAAGGCGAUAAUUCGGGUCUGUUACAAAAUCUCCGUCCCAGUAAUGAGGCAAACCAGGCAAAGACUAAUCUGUGAUUUUAACGUUUAAAAACACUUACACACCGUCUGACCUUUGACCUGCAGCACUUCCACCACCAUCACCACCCGCCCUCUCUGACCAUGAUGAUGCCGGGCCUGACAGAGGAGGAGUGCCAGAGGUACCAGGAGCUGCUGGAGAUCAAGUGUCAAUACGAGAGACGGGCCGAGAAACAGCAGAGAGGGAGCAAACGAGAAACCACGGAGGAGGAGGAGGAGCGAGCAGAGGAGGAGGAAGGCGGAGGAGGAGGAGAAGCCGCCUCUUCUUCUUCUUCGGUGGUGAGGGAGGUUGACUGCAGCACCACCCUGAGUGAGCAUGAGAUGGCGCUGAUCGAGGAGGAGUUACGCCACCUGGAGUUUAAGUGUCGUAACAUACUGCGAGCUCAGAAGAUGCAGCAGCUCAGGGAGAGAUGUCUGAAGGCCUGGAUGAUGGAGGAGGAGACGGUGGCGGCUGGAGCGGGGCGACCAGGAACCCCUGAAGCAGGUAACCAUGACGACUACAGUGUGUGUGAAUCCUGCCAUCCUUUUACUAUCAAAGAAUCUGAAUGAUACUCAGGACUCCUGCCUGUUAUUAUCGAUUUUUAUGAACUUUUCCAUUUAUUAUUCCAGCUUCUACUCUGAGUUUAACUUUUAUUUUUAAUAAAAAAUCACAAAUAAUUGAUUUAUUUCCUGAAUGAAAAGGUUUUUUUCUGUGUGAAAUCACUCUGGACUGUUUCGAUGGUUGUUGCCUUUUUGCGUUUAACUAUUUAAAUACUUCAGUCAGAGGAGAAAAAGGCCCCAGCAGUGAUUGGAGGUUAUUAAACAUGUAUAUGGCGCCAUCUGCUGGAAGAUUGCUCAAACUACUCAUCUGAAGCCCGGCCUGCAAAUUAAAUGCACAUUCUUAGGCGUUGCAUGUUUUAUACUGCAGGAGCUGAAUGCAAAAGAAAUCAAGGUUAUAAUGGCUUUAAAUGAGUGUGGUUAUUUUGAUCAUACAGACCAGUGAAGGCGGACUGCAGGGCGGUUUCUGUCUUAUGGAAAAUAACACACGUCGCCAAGGGAACCAGAGAAAGUUCAGAUAAGAUGAGAUAAGAUAGGAAGGACUUUAUUGAUCCCCGAAGGGAAAGAAUAAUAUAAAAAGAAUUAUAUUAAUAUAAUUGUUAUAUUAGAUAUAAUUUGAUAUAUUUUAUUUUAUAUAUAAUUUAUUUUUAUUAUACAGUAUAUUAUCACAUAUAAUAUUAAAAUCAAAUAUUUAGAUAAUAUUAUAUAUUAAUUUUAUGAUUAUAUAUUAUUAUUAUUAUUAUUAUUAUUAUUAUUAUUAUUUAUAAUAUUAUUAUAAUUAUUAUUUAUAUUAUAUAUUUUUAUUUUUUAAACUAUUUUAUAUAUUUUAUCUAAUAUUUGAAUAUUUUUUAUAUUAUAUGUAUUUUUUUAUUAUAUAAUUUUAUAUAUUACAUAUUUAUUUAUUAUAUUAAUAUUAUAAAAAGAGAAUAUACUAAAAUUAAAUCAGUAUUUAAAGAGCUUCUCUUACUAAUAUCUGACCCUCAGGUUUGGCUAACGCUGAUGAAGAUUUGGACGAUAACGACCCUCAUCAUCACGAGUUAUCCGCCAUCAACGAGGUCCCAGAGCGAGAGCGAUCUGACGACAAAGACAGCACCAGCGCCUACAACACCGGAGGGGAGAGCUGCCACAGCACGCCAUUGGUCAGCACAGAGCAGAUCCCGCCCCUCCAGGAGGAGGACGAUGACAGAGGAAGACGACUGAUGUCCCCGCCCCCUCUCCUCCCCCUCAGCCGCCUCCCCCCUCUGAACUCCCCACUCACUCCUCGGCGUCAUGGGAGGGACAGAGACCGGGAGAGGCGACACUCCAACCUCAGCUGCACCUUCUCACCCAGUACUUACAGGAAAUACGAAACGGCCAAUGGCAGUAUGGCGCGUGGCUCAAGCUCCACCCCCUCUACACCCUCAAAGUUCAGGUGUCAAUCAUACUAAAUAUAAAUUUGUUAAACCUUUUUUUAAUGAGUUGCUUUCAAAUAUUAAAUCUUUGCUGCCCUCUUCAGGUCCCUGACCAGAGAGGUGGGGUCAUCCUCAAGAAGGGGCGUGGCCGAUGGGGGGCGGGGCUCCAGAGCAGGUACAUGAAGAGUCCUUUUAGCCAGAGCUAACCCUGCACACACUGCUCCUUAUUGGCUGGUUUUAUCCGUUGAAGGCUGACCUUCAGAUCUUUCCUCUGCAGGUGGAGCCCCCGACAGGCCUGGAGGUGGAAGUGCAGAGUCCAGUCCGUACUUCAGCAGGAGACACCACAGCCGCAGCCAACCGUUAGAGCGCUACCAGAGCUGCAUGACCCUGCCCUCUGAGGGCCUGGUGGACCCUGUGGACCGGGUGAGGGACAGAGCCAGGGUGGAGGGGGAGGACAGAGGGGUGGGCACAGGCAGCAGCGGCCCAGCGAGCCCCAGGAGUGUCAACAGCGCCCCCUGUGGUCUGGAGGACCAUCGAGCCUCACGGUUAGGACUGGCGUUACCCCUCGGGCUGACGCAAUCGUCACCGACCGCCUCGCCUCAGCGCAUGGAGUGGAAGGUAAGAGAUGAGAUGAUGGCGGCUGAGUUACCACAUGAAGACCCACAAGACUCUCGAGCAGAACCGAACCUUUAACAAUAUCGAUUUUGGGCUUUUGGAAAUCCAGAACUUUGAUCCCCUCUGUGUUCAGGUGAAGAUCCGCAGUGACGGCACUCGCUACGUGGCCAAACGUCCGGUCAGGGAUCGUCUCCUGAAGGCCCGGGCGAUGAAGAUCAGAGAGGAGCGCAGCGGCAUGACGACGGAUGACGACGCUGCCAGUGAGAUGAAGCAGGUAAAGUCUCUGAUCUGAUCAGAUUCAACUGUUUUUAUUCUCGUCUCUCAGCGACUUUCAACUCCUCCAAACUUCGCUCCAACAGGGCCGAUACUGGAGCAAAGAGGAGAGGAAGCAGCAGCUGCUGAGAGCCCGAGAGUACCGACGAAGACGAGAGUUCAUGAUGCAGAGCCGCCUCGACUACCUCAAAGGAGACCGGUACGCAGAGAUGUGCAGAAGUUUUCGGCUCUCCUGGUUUUCUCCUGAAUAACGAAGUUUUUUUAAGCCUGUCAAAUCUCGAUAUCGUCACUCUGUGGUGUCUUUUUUACUCGUACAGCUCUGUGGUUCAACUGCAGAUGUUUACUAAAUGUCUGAUUGAAAAUCCGUUGACUUGACUCCGGUUUGAUAAAUGUGUGAAGCUUAAUCCAGCGUGUCAAGACCUGUUUGUUUUUGGUUUCCUCCUCAGAGACUCCAUACUAUCAGGAGGAGCCGAGGACCCCCGAUCAUCCCAGACCACCCGGCAGGACUCCCCGAACAACAACAUCCUGUUACUGAGCCAGAAGAAGCUCAUGAAGAAGAGGAACCGACGCAUCCUCGACAACUGGAUCACCAUCCAGGAGCUGCUGGCCCACGGAUCCAGGUCACCAGACGGGAAGAAAAUCUACAACCCUCUGCUGUCUGUGACCACGGUGUGA